GCAGUCAAAUACAUCGUGUAGUGCUUUGAAAAUAAAUUAAUUUGAAAUGAAGCAUUUUGCCAUCGUAGCCGUAGUUCUGCUGGGACUAAGUGCCGUACAUGCGGCUCGUCCAUCAUCGGAAAAAGUUCUCGAAGAGAUCGAGAAGAUACGACCACACUACCAGGAGAUCCAGGAUUUCGUAAUCCACACGGUUAGUGAUGCUCGGUUGAACAGCUCGGAACAACUUGCCAAAUUCCAUUCGGAUGUUCUCGUGGUAAAGCAAACAUUUGUGGUAGAUGCCAUCAAGAAGGAGGAUGCUCUACUGUUUCAGGUAGACAAUCAACCAUCAACGGUGGACACAUCUUGUCUUUCAUUCAUAAAGACCUUGGUGGACAGUAUCAUGAAUCUGGCUGGCUCGGGAUUCUCUACCUGCGUCACUAAAACUAGUGACAAUUUGGAAAAGGAGGUUUCUGCUUUCUACGCAUUGCUACAGGAUGAUGAAAUGGAGUACAUUGGCAUCGGUUUGUUGAACCUUUUCAAGGAUGAGAACAUCUUCUAUUCUCCUGAGUCAAUUCUAUACAAACUGCAAUCGAAGUCCGGUGCAAUGGAAGGCUACCCAGAACACGUGCGGGAUAAUCUGUAUCGUACAGGCAACAACUUCGGAUCAAAUUUGGAAUCACUGGAAAUGGCCUACAUCGGAUGUAUGACCGACAGUGAACAAAUGCUGAAGGAUGGUUUCUCUAUGGCUCGGAGUCACAUGGAUUUGACUUGCCGAGCUGUGCAGAUCCCGGUACCCAGUACUUCACUACCCGACGUCGUGCCAGAAACUGCACCAGCAUGGUUGGACUCUGCAGCUAUCCAGCAAUUCCGUAAUCGAUUUGGACUGUAA